GUCAAGUCAGUCAGUCCGCAGUCGGUUAAACGUCAGUUUUUGGCUCGACGUUUUGUGUUUGCGGUCUUUUUGCGGUGCGUGUAGAUUUUCUAUACCUAGUUUGUGACUCCGAUAAAAUUAAGAAUAAAACCGAGCCACAAAUUCUCUUUUUUAGGCCUCCAAAUUUAAAUAAUUUACCCAGUUUUCAAAGCCAGUAUUUUUAAAACUGCAUAUCCUAAAUUGCCCAGUGAUCUUUGUGUGAUGUGGAUUACGCGAAUAACUCUUUUUGUGAAUAAACCACCGUGCAUCGUGUAAAUUAAAAAUAUUCUACAAAGUUGAUUUAGAACAGUGUAUUUCAGUGUUAUAUAAUUUAUUUAUGAGUACCGCAUUAAUGCAUACCAGGUUUUAGUAUCCGAACAAUUUAUAAAAUGGAGUCAUCUAAGAAAAAAGGUCGGCCUGUUCAUCCCAGAUCUACAGCCAACCCACUGUCAGCCUUAACUUUUGCAUGGACUCUCCCUAUGUUCUGGAGCGGUCUAAAAAAAGAGCUUGAGGAACAUGAACUGUAUGAACCCCUAGAAGAGCAUGCUUCUGGUCCACUUGGUGAUAAGUUUGCGCGAUUGUGGGAGGAAGAAGUAGCCCGAGCAGGGAGCAAGCGCACCCCCAGUCUCCUCCGAGUGAUCCUCAGGGCGUACGCGGGAAGAUGCAUGCUGUACGGAAUGGUACUGAUGUUAAUGGAGUGCGGAAUAAGAGUAGCUCAGCCAGUGUUCCUUGGCAAGCUAGUGGAGUACUACAGUCCGGAAAAUGAGAACAUCGAUUCCACAGAAGCGUACUACUACGCGGGCGCAGUGGUGCUGUGUUCCGCACUCAAUGUCUUCGUCGUACAUCCGUAUAUGAUGGCAAUCUUACAUAUGGGCAUGAAAUUCAGAGUGGCUUGCUGUUCACUUAUUUAUAGAAAGUCAUUAAGACUAUCGAAGACUGCCCUCGGCGAGACGACUGUCGGGCAGGUGGUAAAUCUGCUGUCAAACGACGUGAACCGCUUCGAUGUGGCCGUGAUAUUCGUGCACUACCUGUGGCUCGGGCCACUGGCGACUAUUAUCAUAACAUACCUCAUGUGGCUUGAGAUCAGCUGGGCAGCGGUCGUCGGAGUAGGAUUCAUGUUGGCGUUUAUACCAUUGCAAGCAUACCUGGGCAAGCGGACAUCGGUACUACGACUAAAGACCGCACUCAGAACAGACGAGAGAGUGAGGCUAAUGAACGAAAUCCUCUCGGGUAUACAAGUCAUCAAGAUGUACACAUGGGAGAAACCGUUCGCGGAUCUCGUCGCGAAGGCUAGGAAGCAUGAGAUCAAGCAAAUCCGCGCUACGUCAUACAUCCGAGGCGUGCUCACCUCCUUCAUAAUGUUUACGACUCGUAUCUGCCUAUUUUGCUCUAUACUGGCGUACGUGCUGGUCCACAAUGUCAUCAGCGCGAAGCAGGUGUUCGUCAUAACGAGUUUCUACAACAUAUUGAGGCAGACGAUGACUGUGUUCUUUCCACAAGGUAUUGCCCAAAUAGCAGAAGCAGCAAUAUCAAUUAAGCGUCUUCAAAACUUCAUGCUGUACGAAGAUACGGCUAAACCGGUGCCAGGACUUGCGGAAAUUCAAACUUCAACUAAACCCAAAGAAGGCAGGGAGACCCAAGUUGAAAGAGAGGAUCUCGAACCAGUCGUAAAAGAAGAUUUGGAGACGCAAAAAGUUACUCCCAAGAAAUCGGAAACCCUCGAAACAUUAGCAGAGCACAAAGGUGAAGAGGAAAAAGGAAAUGGAGCGACAAAGUUAGCGCCUCUGGAGACUGGCGAAGAAGACGAACAAGAACUUUCGAUGCGGAUCGAGGAAGACUCACGUGGCGUCAGACUAAAACAUGCAAACGCCAAGUGGAUAGCCGCGCACCCCGAGAACACUCUCACUGACCUAUCGCUCACAAUCAAGCCGGGAAAACUUAUCGCCGUGAUAGGCCCGGUGGGCGCAGGCAAGUCGUCGCUGCUACACGUGCUGCUACGCGAGCUGCCGCUGCAGUCAGGGAGCGUGCACAUCGGCGGCACAAUAUCCUACGCUAGCCAAGAGCCCUGGCUGUUCGCUGGAAGUGUUCGUCAGAACAUUCUGUUCGGUCAAGCGAUGGACAGGCCGCGGUACAACGCGGUAGUGAGGCGGUGCGCCCUCGACCGCGACUUCACGUUGUUCCCGCACGGAGACAAAACCAUCGUCGGCGAGAGAGGGGUCAGUCUUAGCGGAGGACAGCGCGCGCGCAUAUCUCUGGCGCGGGCGGUUUACAAGCGUGCCGACAUCUACUUACUGGACGACCCGCUGUCCGCAGUAGACGCACACGUGGGCCGCCACCUGUUCGAGUCCUGUGUAGUGGGAUAUCUGCGCAACACAACGCGUGUUCUUGUCACGCAUCAGCUGCAAUUCCUGCGUGACGUCGAUCAGAUCAUAAUCCUGAAGAACGGUACUAUAGCGGCGGCCGGUGACUUCGAAACUCUAAGCGCGUCUGGUCUAGACUUCGCUUCGUUGUUAGCUCGCGACGAGCAGGAUGAUGAGAAAACAACACCAGAGCAGACACCCAAUGCUGAGCCGGAAGAGUUAGUGUUGCAAGGCAGCUUUCGCAAGCGGCAAAUGAGUAUUAAUUCGGUCAGUUCAGUGGACAAUCUGACGGCCACAGCGCCACCUGAAGGCGGGCGAGAAGAAGCGGAGCUACGAUCAGCUGGCGCCGUAUCAGGAAAAGUGUACGGCGCCUAUUUGAGAGCUAGCGGACAUCCGCUAGUGGUCACGCUUAUGGCGUUCGUCGCUGUAUUGGCACAAUUGUUGGGCUCCGGAUCGGAUUGGUGGACCAGUUACUGGGUUAAUCUUGAAGAAGGUUCCGUACCGCGUGUACUCCAAUCGCUAGAUCUGAACGCAACAGGAAAUCCCGUGGAAACUUCGAAUCGUUUGGAAGAUUCGCUCGUGGAAAACGUGCAGUACUAUCCGGGUGGAAUAACUAGAUACGACUGCAUCUACAUUUAUACUGGCAUGGUAGUCGCGCUCGUAGUGAUAUCGUUGCUGCGUUCGUUCAUGUUCUUCUCUAUGGCCAUGCGUGCGUCCACUCGCCUCCAUAACAAUAUGUUCGAGUCUAUAACCCGUGCACCGAUGCGAUUCUUCCACGUCAACCCGUCUGGAAGAAUCUUGAAUAGAUUCUCGAAAGACAUGGGCGCUGUGGACGAGGUCUUACCGUCGGCAUUGCUGGAUGUUUUACAAAUCGGACUGUCCCUCAUCGGUAUCGUAGUCGUAGUAGCAGUCAUCAAUUACUGGUUGCUUGUCCCCACCGUGGCGAUCGGAGUGGUAUUCUACGGCCUGCGGAUCUUCUAUCUUGCAUCAUCGCGCAGCAUCAAGCGCCUCGAGGGUGUGACACGCAGCCCAGUGUUCUCCCAUUUGAAUGCGACACUGCAAGGCAUAACGACUAUAAGAGCGUUCGGUGCCCAGGAAGCUCUCAUCAGGGAGUUCGAUAAUCAUCAGGACUUGCACAGUUCCGCAUGGUACUUAUUCAUCGCCAGCUCACGCGCCUUUGGUUUUUGGCUAGACUUAGUGUGCGUUGUAUACAUUGGUAUGGUAACACUCAGCUUCCUGGUCUUUGGUCAAAAUGAAUAUGGCGGCAACGUGGGCUUGGCCAUUACUCAGGCGAUGGGUCUCACCGGCAUGUUCCAGUGGGGAAUGCGGCAAUCCACCGAACUAGAAAACCAGAUGACCAGCGUAGAGAGGAUAGAAGAGUAUUCGAACGUAGAAUCGGAACCUCCCCUCCAAUCGCCGGCAGAGAAGAAACCCCCGCCUUCGUGGCCGGAUGCGGGCCACAUACAGUUCCGACACGUUUACUUAUAUUACGCGCUUGGAGAGCCACCAAUACUGAAAGACCUGAACUUUGAGAUAUUCCCAAAAGAGAAGGUGGGGAUUGUUGGCAGAACAGGAGCUGGAAAGUCCUCGCUAAUCAACGCACUCUUCAGACUGACCACCAUCGAGGGUGAGAUCAUAAUCGACGGGCGCGAGACCUCACAAUUGGGGCUUCAUGAGUUGCGCAGUCAGAUCUCUAUCAUCCCGCAGGAGCCGGUGCUGUUCUCUGGCACCAUGCGACACAACCUGGACCCCUUCGACGAGUACCCGGACCAGGUGCUGUGGCGGGCAUUGGAAGAGGUGGAGUUAAAGGAAGCUGUGAUGGAGUUACCGGCCGGCCUCAGCUCGCGCAUGUCAGAAGGCGGCGGCAACUUCUCCGUGGGGCAGCGGCAGUUAGUGUGCCUCGCGCGCGCCAUCAUACGCCGCAACCGACUGCUCGUGCUGGACGAGGCCACCGCGAACGUAGACCCGCAGACCGAUGCUCUGAUCCAAACGACAAUUAGGAAUAAAUUUGCAGACUGUACAGUGCUUACAAUUGCUCAUCGAUUACACACAGUUAUGGAUUCAGAUAAGGUGUUAGUGAUGGAUGCAGGGCAGAUGGUAGAAUUUUCAUCGCCACACGAACUACUGCAGCGUGAGGGCGGCAUACUACGAGCCAUGGUCGAGCAGACCGGACGCAGCAUGGCAGAUACUCUCGCCCGUAUAGCGCUACAGGCGUAUGAGAAAAAGCGCCGACCUAAAACGGAAUCCGCCCAAUGAUAAGACUAGUUCCUAGGAUCUAAUUUAUAAUAAUUAUGUAGAUGUUCCUACUGUCACAAUAUAUAUAGUUAGGAGCGGAAGAAUCUAUACAAUAGGACACUUUAUGUCCGCGUUGUUAGGCUUAAUUUGCUACAUUAAUGUGUAGCAUUAAUUACUAUGGAUCAGAUCUUGAACAUUUCCACUUUUGUUUGUGUGUUUGUGUUCCUGCGUUUGUAGUAUUGGCGAUUAUGGGAACAAAAAUAUUAUGCGUAAAUAAUUAUUUCUGGUCAUAUUUAUCAAAAUAUGAUAUUGGUACAAUAAAGUUUCGCUCAUUUUGUACUUAUUAUUAGAAAACUUGUACUUAAUUGUAGUACACGAAAAAUUACUGAAUUAUUAUGGUAUAAAAAUGUUUUAGUUCUUAUUAAUUCUAUGGUCGAGACAGCGUCCGCAACAAACAAGCACCACGUCUGACAUUUAUUGGAUUAUUCCAAAUUGUGGGAUUGUGGGUUCAGGUUUAACGGCCUUUCCUUCUUAAUAAACCCUUUUACCCUUAGAUUCCUCUCAUAUUACUGUAAAACUAAAAAAUGUAGCUGUACAAAAUGUCAGGUUAGGCUACCUUUUGUACUUUAUUUCUUUGUAUAGUAAAAUAAUUUUAAAAUGACUUUUUAACAGUGCCAUUUCAAUAAAACCCCUUUUAAACUUGAUUACAGAAGAUGGCCAGUUUUUGUUAACAUGAGGUUAAUUAUGUAAAGCUUAAAUUAUAAUACCGUAAUAUACCUAACUAUAUAGUAAUAUACCCAUAAUAAACUGAUUUUUACUCGCUAUGAUAUGAUUAUAAAAUAAAACAAAUUAUGGUGCAGGUCUGAUUCGGCAGCUGUCUUAUGUACAAUGACCAUUGUUCUUCUGCCUUUUAAAUAAAGGUCAACAAUGUGAUGAAGGAACAUUGUUGUCUUGCAAACAUAAAAUUAUUUUUAGUUACCCUUUUUAUUUAAUUAUAUACCAAAUCAUUAAUUAUUGAAUUAAUUAGAUCGGUACCUACUUAAUGUGAAUCGAUAAUAAUAAUAAAACUUUACAAUAAUUUGUCAAUGUAUUAGUUAAUUUUUAUUAUACUUAGUUGAAUAUAAUAAGAGUAGAAUGUAUUGAAUGAUUAAUAAAGAUGUGAUUUUUUUACAAAUGACAAGUGAGAUUUUUAUAUAAUUUACUUGAUAAUUUAUAGUAAAUUUACGUAAUAGAUUGUACUAUAAAACAUUCGUUCUCAGUACUUAUUAAACUAUUUUUUCCUAUUAUUAUCGAAAUUAUCGUCCAAUUUUACAACAUAAUAUUUUUGAAUAUUUGUUAAUAAAACGACUGAAAAAUAUUUAUCAACGGUGCUAGUUUAUAAAAAUGAUUUUGUAAGAAUCGUGGCCUUAUUGAACUUAUCAAGCUUAAUCGUUUACCAAAUCUUUAUAAUAUAUACCUGUAUUGGUACAUCACUGCGAACUUUUUAUGAAGAUUUUUGUAACUCUAUAAAUUUAAUUUGGCGAACAUUUUAUUCAAUGUUUUCUUUAAGGAAAUUCCUUUUUGUACGAAUGUGAUAUUUUUUGAAAAUUGUAAUGCCUGUUACUUAAUGAACCUCUAUUAUUGCUAAAGAUCUGUUGUUUGUUGAAUAUUGCAACAAGAAAUAUAGUUCUGUCAUAUGAA